AUGUAAAAGUAACCUAAACAACAAACACCUAAAAAUGUAAUCAAUUAAAUUCCACUUAACACCUAAGAAAUUUUGUAAAGACUUAUGAAAAAAAAUUCUAAAUCUAAAUUAUAAUUAAUAGAUAUAGCAGAUGAUACAAAGAAUGUUAAAAAUGAGAAAUAUGUUUCUAAAUCUCCUUGUUCAGGAUGGUAAAGUUUUAGAAAUUAAAGUUCUGAAAGAGGGAUACAUAAAAUAAGACAUUAAUCAAAUGAAGAUUUGUAAAAAACUCUAAAAAAACCAUGUCAUCUUAAUCAUGUAAGCUCAAUGAUUGGAUUUUAAUAAAAAGACUUUAUUUAAAAUGCAAAUGCCUUUUUGAGAGAAAAAAAUCUUGAAAAUAAACUAGAUACUUUGACUUAAUAGGUAUCAAAAUUAAGAGAAAAAUCAGAAUAAUUGGAAUUAUAGAAUAAAUUACUUUUUGACAAUUUAUAAAAGUAUAAAUGUGAAGGCAAUCAAGUAAUUUUUGGGUUAUCAUGAAGGAAAGAAAUGCUUUGCUUGAAAGGUUAGAUCACAUGAUUGAAAUGUAAUAGAAAUAAGAAGAGAAUCUAUAGCAUAUAAAGACCUUAUUUAGUGACAAUUCUAGAAGAAUCAAGACCCAAUAAUCAUAACCUAAAUAAAGGAAUUUUGGAAAAUCUGCCUAUAUGGGAUUUAAUGUAUGA